AUGAAAGUGGCUGUCUCGAGGUGUGACCAGGUAGCAGUCCACACACACUGCUUUUUCCUGGGGAGAGUCUGGGAUGAAAGAGUGUGUGUUUCUGAGACUCCUCGGAUAGGCUACAUCCACCUAUCCACCCAUCUUUCCACCCACCUUUCUUUCCACCCACCCACCCAUCCACUCACCCACCCAUCCAUUCAUCCACCCAUCAACCCAUCUAUCUAUCCACUCAUCCACCCAUCCACUCAUCCACCUAUCUACUCAUUUACUCAUCCACCCAUCCACUCAUCCACCCAUCCACUCAUGUACCCAUCCACCCAUCUACCCAUCUAUCUAUCCACUCAUCCACCCAUCCACCCAUCCACUCAUGUACCCAUCCACCCAUCUACCCAUCUAUCUAUCCACUCAUCCACCCAUCCACUCAUCCAACUAUCCACUCAUCCACUCAUCCACCCAUCCACUCAUCAUCCAUCCACUCACUCGUCCACCCAUCCACUCACCUAUCCAUCUAUCCAUCCUCUCAUCUAUCCAUCUCUUCAUCCACCCAUCCACUCAUCUACCCAUCCACUCAUCCAUCCAUCCACUUAUCCACCCAAACGCUCGUCUACUUAUCCACUCAUCCAUCCAUCCACUCAUCCACCAAUUCACUCAUCCACCCAUUUACUCAUCCACCCAUCCAUCCAGUCAUUCAUCCAUUUGCUCAUUCAUCUGCCCACCCAUCCAUUCACCUGCCUGUUCAUCCACCUACCCAUCCAUUCAUCCAUCUGUCCAUCCAUCCAUCCACCCACCCACUCACCCAUUCACACACCCAUACACCCAUCCAUUUAUCCAACCAUCCAUCCCCAUCCCCAUCCUUACUUCAGAAAGCAUGUGAAGAUGCUGGGGUGUGCACUUGGAAAAUGUGUCAUAAGCUUUCAUAAGGCCUCUCUUUGGCUUCCUCACUUCUUUGAUUGGUCUUUCUUUUGGACAUGCAGGAUUCUGAGCAGCUCUUCUGGGAGGUGGGUGCAGUCCAGGUAGGCUGCCUGCAAAGCCAGGACCGAGGGAGCCACAUCCAAGGCACUGUGGGUUCCCAAGGCGAUGGCCCUGUGGGCCCACUGCUUCCAGACCUCCUCAACUCCCAGGCUCCUGAGCAGGAGGACUCCUGGGGCAGGGCCUGGAGAUGGGAAGAGAAAACAACUCCAGUCUCACAACUCUUGUCAGCCCAGGCGGGUCCUGCAAAGGAGCACACAGGGUUCUUGUUGGCCCUUCCACCUUGUCAGUCCCCAAGGAGAAAACACCGAGAGGGGAAGUGUAAAGCUGCAGUUUUGUUGAAGCCCCAUCGUGGAAAGCGGAAAGAGCUCCAGCUCGGAGAAAAAUGCAGCUCUUUGCCUUUGCGAAUCCGUGUCUUUCUCUGGGAGGCCAGAGCCAUUGUGCUCAAUUUCUAAGCCGGGUUUCAGAGUUUCUCAGGAGGGGAAGGCAGAGUCUCAGAUUUCCAGCAUCCCAGGUCCUAACCAGGCUUUGAGGAGACGCUUCCUGCCCUGUACAAAGUGUGAGGUGUAAUUUGAUUUGGAGUUAGUUCACAAAUUAGAUGAGCUGUGUGCAUUUUAAAAAUUCAGUCCUUGAUCCCCCACCCACACACUUUUGCACAAUUUGGUCAUUUAUAUUCCGUGUUUCCAUCUUUAGAAGAGAACAGGAAGUCCCCAGUGACAUUUGUGGAGUGUUUGUAGUAGCUUGGGUAGGUUAAUAGGAACACAAUGCAGUGAAAAGCAGAGUUGAGAUGGGAAAAGAUCCUGUUUUCAGAGCCCCCCAGGGAUGACAUUCCUCAUGGUCUCUGUCCACCCCCUCUGGAGUCCACUGUCCGCGAACAGCAACUUGUUCUCACUUGGGGGCUCUUCCUGCCGGAGCUCAGGGAUGGAGACCAGCUGGCCUCAGUCCUCUCCUCUUACCUCUUUGUUUCUCAGACUAAUCUUCCACCUUGAAUAAUUUUUUUUAACCUGCCCUCCCUCUUCUCUAGCUGUAGAACCCAGAACUUUGUGUGUGUGGUCAAAAGUUGAGAGAGUGUUGAAGGUAAUGCUGAGAUAACCCUUUUAAAUUCUGUAAGUUCUCAUCACACCAAGUUUGUUUGUUUUUUCAAUUCUCAUUUUAUUUUAUUUCAUUUUGUAGGGAUGGGGUCUCGCUACGUUGCCCAGGCUGGUCUUGAACUCCUGGGCUCAAACGAUCCUCCUGCCUCGGCCUCCCAGAGUGCCAAGUUAUUUUUUUAAUUGGAAUCUGCUGGCUUAGGGAUUCAUUGAUGAACCCUUCAAAAUGUGUGUGUGUCUGUCUGUCUGUCUUCAACGUAUACUUUUCUAGGGAGAGUCUUUACUUUUCACCAGAGGUUUGUGGCACACACAUGUCCUGUAGUACUGUAUCAGAUUGUGAAUUCCUUACAUGUUAAAAGACUGCUUCAGAUCUGUCCGGAAGUCUUGGCUAAUAAACAUUUAAAUAAAUGAACUUCAAAU